AUGUCGUUUUACCCGUGCUUCUUUGAUCCUUUCACCGCGGCUAAGACUGCAACUUUUGAGCGAUUGUUUGAGGAUGUUAGGGGCAAAGGAGGCGACAAGAAGCUGUACAGGUUAGCCAAGAGUUGGGAGAGGAAGGCUCGGGACCUGGACCAAAUGCAGUGCAUUAAAGACGGAGAUGGUAAGGGAGGGGACAAGGAUAUCGUGCUAGGUGAGUUGGAAAACUCUGGGAGCCAGAGAGAUUUUGGGUAUUUUAGGCGUAUUAGGAGCGACGAGGUUGUAGGGACAAUGCAGAAGAUGAGCAGGGAUAAGGCAACUAGGUUUGAUGAGAUUCCAGUGGAAUAUUGGAAGGAAGAGUAUCAAGUUGCUGAGUCAUACUAUGAAAGUUUGGGAGAGGGUGGUGGAGAGGAGGAUGCGAUGAGUGGAAGGAAGAUUGGUACUCAAGUCAUCCCCAAAAGAGAUAGUUUCAAGUAUCUUGGGGCCAUUAUUCAAGGUAAUGGGGAGAUUGAUGAGGAUGUUACUAAUCGUAUUGGAGCAGGGUGGAUGAGAUGGAGGCUCAGCUCAGGGUUUCUAUGUGAUAAAACUGUACCACCUGGACUUAAGGGCAAGUUCUACAAAGUGGUGGUUAGAUCAACUAUGUUGUAUGUGGCUGAGUGCUAG